AUGACCACUCUGGAGGGCUGCCACUGUCGGGGCGACGGGGGGCAAAACUAUAACAACAGCAUCCUGUACAACAUACUGAAGAACGACAGCCUCGCGACCACGGAGGAACCAACAUCACAACCACAACACCGCAAACAGCACCAAGCGAUCAAGGUCCCCUCCUGUGCCUCCCUCUCCUCCUCAUGUUCAUCUGCUUCUUCCUCUUCUUCGAGGCUUGAGCUCAGGCAGCAACAGGCUUGCUCUUGCGGCUCCUCGCCGCGACGGGGGUCUCUCCGGUCCCCGCAGGUGACCUGCAAAGCCGCAUCGGCAGUCCUCGUGAAGACUCUGCGAUUUGUAAAGAACGUGCAGUGUUUCCGCGAGCUGCCCGAGGAUGACCAGCUGCUGCUCGUUCGGAACGGCUGGGCGCCGCUGCUCGUGCUGGGCCUCGCGCAGGACCGGGUGGACUUCGAGACCAUGGAGACCGCGGAACCUAGCAUGUUGCAGCGGAUCCUGACCAGUGGCUGUGUCAGCCAAGGCGGCUUAAUGGACAGAGAGGUUGAGCGGGAGCAGAGCGCGGGAACACCGGGGGUCUCUCUCGCGGAUAUCCAGGGCAUCAAAGCGUUCCUGAAAAAGUGUUGGGGUUUGGACAUCAGUACCAAGGAAUAUGCCUACCUCAAAGGAGCCGUGCUCUUCAACUCAGGUGGGCUGGGUGCUUUAAUACGCAGCUUAUUUACUCACUAAUCAUUGUCUCAAUGUGUCCUUGAUGGAGUGCAUGUAAUGGUAUAGCCCAAUUAGCCUACAUUUCCCAUCUGCAAUUUAAUACAUUACUCUGUCUCUAGUUCUAAAAGUUUGGAAAGCAGUUACAUAUUUGUAUAUUAUACAGAAAACAAACAAAGCUGAUUUCAUAUGUGGGUAAUUUCGUGCAUAAUGACACAUUUGGUCGUUCCACCAAUUAAGCCUAUAGCUGCCUUUUGAGUAUAGUACCUUGGUGAAAAAAAACGAAUCACCUAAUUUUUACAUACUGCCAUAAAGAGCACAUAUUCAACUGAAUAAAAUACAUGUUUUUCCAUCUCAAGAGCAAAAAAAAAUACGAUAGUAAGUGCCAAUGAAGUGCCAAUUGAAGUAACAGGGUUGACCAUAACAGUGUUCAUCUUAAAUCAGCCAUAUAUCUUCUUGUGACAGGGGGAAUGGAAGCUUGUUGUGUGCAACAGGGAGGGGCAAUUGAAUGCAAGCUUCACAAAACAACAUUUAUUUGUUAAAACAUGUUUAGCCUGUCUACAGUAUCUAUGGGUAACAGGGUUGAAGUUUUAUGUUUGACCCACUUAGUUUUCCACGACAAAACACAAUAAAAUGGCCAAAAAUAGUAUAAAUAAUCUUCAGAAAUGACUUUGUCAAAGUAACAAAAAUACUUUGACAAAGUAUGUUGUGGUUAAGUGGGUUAAAAUCUUCCUGGAUGUCACAGAGGAUGCACAAAGGGACGUCAAAAUGCAGAAUUUUGGCACUUGAUUAUAUUAAAAAACUGAUUUAUUUAAUUUUCCAUGUGGUCUAUAUUAAAGGGCACUUCAUUUAAUAUAACAGUCUUUUUAAAUUAUAUAUUUGUGCACCAUUUCUACUUUAAAUAUGAAAGGCACUCAAGGUCUAUAUAUAUAUUUAUAAUCUAGUUAUACCAAAACAUACACUGAGUGUACAAAACAUUAGGAACCCCUUUUGCCAUCAGAACAGCCUCAAUUAAUCGGGGCAUGGACUCUACAAGGUGUCGAAAGCGUUCCACAGGGAUGCUGGCCCAUGUUGACUCCAAUGCAUCCCACAGUUUUGUCAAGUUGGCUGGAUGUUCUUAGGGUGGUGGACCAUUCUUGAUACACACGGGAAACUGUUGAGCUGGAAAAACCCAGCAGCAUUGCAGUUCUUAACAGACUCAAACCGGCGUGCCUUGCCCCUACUACCAUACCCUGUUCAAAGGCACUUAAAUAUUUUGUCUUGCCCAUUCACCCUCUGAAUGGCACACAUACACAAUCCAUGUCUCAAUUGUCUCAGGGCUUAAAAAUCCUUCUUUAACCUGUCUCCUCCCCUUCAUCUACACUGAUUGAAGUGGAUUUAACAAGUGACAUCAAUAAGGGAUGAUCGUUUUCACCUGCAUUCACCUGGUCAGUCUAUGUCAUGGAAAGAGCAGGUGUUUUUAAUGUUUUGUACACUCAGUGUACAAUCACCCUUAUUAGCCUAUUCAUUCCCUGAAUCUACUUCUAAGGAAGGAGGUAGCAGUUUAUGGUAUUGUUUUAGGGUUGAAGAGAUUUGCAUCCUUCAAUAUCUGGAGACUUCAGAAACCUUGCCAGAGGGCGUUGUGAAAUAUUUGUGAAUGAUUUGGGAGAUCAAGACGUUCUCAUUUUUCAACAGAUGAGACACCUGGUUACCAUGGUGACCCGGGUUCCCUGAACUUCAACCCAAACAGCUUAUGUAAUUGUCAAAAGUUUCUAUAUGAUGAGUGGCGCAGUGGUCUAAGGCACUGCAUCGCAGUGCUAGCUGUGCCACUUGAGAUCCUGGUUUGUAGCCGGCCGUGACCGGGAGACCCAUGGGGCGGCGCACAAUUGGCCCAGUGUCGUCCAGGUAGGGGAGGGAAUGGCCGGCAGGGAUGUAGCUCAGUUGGUAGAGCAUGGCAUUUGCAAUGCCAGGGUUGUGGGUUCGAUUCCCACAGGGGGCCAGUAUGAUAUUUAUAAAAAUAAAAUAAUGUAUGCACUAAAUGUAAGUCGCUCUGGAUAAGAGCGUCUGCUAAAUGACUAAAAUGUAAAUUUAAUGAUUCUCCUCCCCUACUAUCUCCUCUCCACCUCUCCCCAGAUCUCCCAGGUCUGUGCUACGUCAACUACAUCCAGUCACUGCGGCGCGAGGCCCACCAGGCGCUCAACGAGCAUGUGAAGCUGAUCCACCGGGACGACACCACGCGCUUCGCCAAACUGCUCAUCGCCCUGGCCAUGCUGAUGGCCAUCAGCCCCCCGGUGGUGGCACAGCUCUUCUUCAAGCCCAUCAUUGGAGCCGUCAACAUGGAGGAGGUCCUGCUGGAGAUGUUCUAUGGGAAGUAGAGGCUUUCUAUGGUCCUGUCCAGAAACAACCCCUAGAUAUAGCCCCCAAAUCCUAGGCACUUCUCCUAGUCCUUACUCCCUAGGCAAUUUCACCUAUCUCCUACCCACUAGAAACUUCACCUUGCCCUAGACCCUUCCCCCCAUUUCCCCUAGCCCCUAGCUCCUAUUGGAUAAUAAUAAGCAAAAAACUAAGCCCUCUGGUAGGCUAUAAAGGAACAAUAUGAUAGCUCCACCUUGCCCUCCGGUAGGCUAUAAAGGAACAAUAUGAUAGCUCCACCUUGCCCUCCGGUAGGCUAUAAAGGAACAAUAUAAUAGCUCCACCUUGCCCUCCGGUAGGCUAUAAAGGAACAAUAUGAUAGCUCCACCUUGCCCUCCGGUAGGCUAUAAAGGAACAAUAUGAUAGCUCCACCUUGCCCUCCGGUAGGCUAUAAAAGGAACAAUAUGAUAGCUCCACCUUGCCCUCCGGUAGGCUAUAAAGGAACAAUAUGAUAGCUCCACCUUGCCCUCCGGUAGGCUAUAAGGAACAUAUGAUAGCUCCACCUUGCCCUCCGGUAGGCUAUAAAGGAACAAUAUGAUAGCUCCACCUUGCCCUCCGGUAGGCUAUAAAGGAACAAUAUGAUAGCUCCACCUUGCCCUCCGGUAGGCUAUAAAGGAACAAUAUGAUAGCUCCACCUUGCCCUCCGGUAGGCUAUAAAGGAACAAUAUGAUAGCUCCACCUUGCCCUCCAGUAGGCUGUAAAGGAACAAUAUGAUAGCUCCACCUUGCCCUCCGGUAGGCUAUAAAGGAACAAUAUGAUAGCUCCACCUUGCCCUCCGGUAGGCUAUAAAUGAUUUUUUUUUGCUAUAUUACAUCUAUCAAAUCCUCUCAGAUCAACACCUGUGGGGUUAGUUCUGGACUGGACCUUUCUAUCUAACGGACAGACGAACACAUCUAGUAGAACUAACUAACUGUUAACCAACCGUUAGAUCUGAAUGGACCGUUGAACAGAAGGACAGACAAAGAAAGAAAUGUGUGUGUUUUGUUAAAGAUGUUUUGGACACUGUGGUUGGUUAAGAACAGUGGGGGUGAAGGGGGGUGUUGGGGGUGGGCUGAUGAUCAGUCUCAGUAACUUAUUUCUUUUUACAUAAAACUAUUUUGAUAUAAUAAAAGUAUUCUCUGAACUGCUUUGCCGUGCUUGUGUCAGGUGAGUGGUGCUCAGACUGUCUCUAUGGUGAUCAGAAAGGUGUAGGAUGAUGUUGCCCCUGGACACUGAUCUAAGGCUGGAGUGGAGCUUUACCCCCUAAUGAUUAAGGUUAGGGAUAAAAUCUUCCUAGAUCUGUGCCUAAGGGCAACAUCUACCCAGACAGAUCAGAAAACCCAAUGUUCCUUUUUAGUAACUGGUAGAUUAUGGGUUCUGAAUAAAGUUUGAUGUCUGUUCACAGUUCGCUGCUCCCACAUGUGAUCUUUCAUUCAACACUGGUCUGAAUUGGGAGCAGCAAACAUGGAGCUGACAUUCCCUUUUUUUCUACAGUUGUCCUUCUCUGUUCAGGUUGGAACGUUCUCUUUUCAUCAGAGUGUGUGAUCUGAGCCCUAGGAAGCUAGUUUGUACACGGCAGUGAAGAAUGGCCUUCGUCAAUACUGAUUGGUAGAAAUCCCAGUAUAGCUCAGGGCUUGGUUUUAUAAGUCCUCUACCACUCACUAUUGUCCUGGAUUCACAUCUCCCCAUGUUGAUAUUCAGCUCAUACUCUGGUUUCCAGACUCAAUAGAUUUUUCCUGUGUCUCUGUCUGAGGUAAUAGGUGAUUGUUGCCGCGCUAUUGAGAUACAGUGAGUUAAUUUAUCAUGCUAGCACUCAGCUCUGAGGGUUACUGUAUCCACUGUAGGAUUAUCACGAGGCUGGUAAGAGAGACAGCAAUGGACUGUUAUGGCCACAAGAUGGCACGGUUUAAACACAUAUCACACUGAUAGUGUCUCACGCAUGCGCACGCACACACAAACACACACACACCAACACACACACACACACACACAACCCAGCUUCAGGGCAGUCACAGGUGCGCAUAAUAAAAUCUUGAGGAAAUGACCUGCAGAGUUGGAUUGCCUCCGGGAGUGUUUCGCUUCUCUCUCCAAAUCCCAUCAUCAAUGGGCAGGAUAUUCCGGGGAACAAAUGGGAAUGCUACUCUGGCCAAGAUCUGCAGGAGGAUAGGGAAUCGGGGUGGGGAGAGCUGCACAACACCUCAAAGACACAAAACUUGUAGAGUUUUAGGGCUCGAUUCAAUCCGGUUUCUAGAGAAAACAAUCUUCCUACCCUGUUGUUGUACUGUAGGACUGUGUGUGUGUGUACGUGUGUGGGUGUGACAGAUGAGGAGCAGGGAAGCAAUGGAGCGCAGAGACACAAGACGGUCAGGCGCUCUGAGCGAUCAGAACAGCGCACCCGUGUGCAACCACGCAUCGCAACCAAGGACUGGGGAUGAGUGUGUGUGUGUGUGUGUGCGACUGUGCGUGGGGAGGAGCCGGCGGCAAAAGGAGUGUGAGCUGUUACCGUGACGAUGAGGGAUUCCAGAACCUGUGGGUGGACCCCAAGCCCCCAUCCCCCAUCAGACCUUACCCCUUUACUCUGGUGUAGACCUGAAAUAAUUGGAUAGGUGUAAGCAUGAUGGUAGCUCCACUUUGUCCCCUGAUAGUCCCGAUAUAUAACCGCACCCCUUUCCCCACUCCUCUCUACACACUAAAGGUCUGUCGAUCGUUCCUCCAUCCUAUUGACGGGGCCCAUUUUCUUUCUAAUUAAGCCCCUAAUUGAUCAAGAUAAUAAAGAGUCUAUUAAUCGUGUGUCUAGUAAUAAAAGGCCAGCUGUCAGGCAGAAGGUUGGCAGACAACACAACCCCACACACAAGGUAUAUCACUGAUGCCUGCCACCAUGGUGUGUGUGUGUGUGUGUGCGAGAGUGUGUGUGUGUGUGUGUGUGUGUGUGUGUGUGUGUGUGUGUGUGUGUGUGUGUGUGUGUGUGCGAGAGAGAGAGAGAUUACAUGAUGUGUGUGUAUUCAUGCCAGCCUGCCACUCACUGGCCAUGUUACUGCGUGUGAUUAUGUGUGCACGUGUGUGGGGAUCCUAUUAUUGUCUCAUUGCGCCAUUGCUAAUUUAACAUUAAUCCAACAGGUGGCAGUGUUUGACUGUUUAAUCAUCAUCUUUUCAUGUAGCCUGCCUACGGUAGGUACUACUUACAGAGCGGAACUAUUCAAUUCUGGUCCUGGAGAGCUAAAACACUUCUGGCUUUUGGACCAUGGAAGACUGUGUAAAAUGAACAGAACAUAAAUGAAUCAAGAGGAGAUCAACAUUUUUAAUGUGCAGUGAGAAAGUAAGGGCAACUGAUAAGAAUGAUUGUGUUUCUAUAAAGAUAGACAUUUCCUUCCAAGUGAAUAUCGUGUUUAUAUAUAUAUAUAUAUAUUUAUAUAAAUAUCUAUAUCAUAUAUAGAAUAUGUAUCUAUUUGCUAUGCAUACUCAGAAAUAACACCUUCAAAUAUAAUUAAAAAAGUAUUUCAAAGCACAAACACAGUUUUUCUUUCGUUAAACAUGAUCUGGAUAAACAUGGAUUAAAAACAAAGAAUUCUCAGUAUGGGAAAAUAUUUCAAGAACUCAACCAAAACAUUGAAAAUGCAUUUACUUUUUGAAUCAAAAUUAAUCAUGUCUUAAAGGUCCAAUGCAGCCGUUUUUAUCUCACUAUCAAAUCAUUUCUGGGUAACAAUUAAGUACCUUACUGUGAUUGUUUUAAAUUAAAAUGGUCAAAAAUAGCUUCUUAGAAAAUAUCAAAUUCACAUGCAAGAAUUUUGCUAGGACUGUCUGAAAGUGCUUUGAGUGGUAAGGGGAAAAUUGAAAAUGUGCUGUUAUUGGCAGAGAGGUUUAUUGGUCUAAUUCACCAUGGAAGACCAAAACUCCCUCCAAAACAGGCUGAACAAACAGCUUUUCAAACAGCUCUCACACUAAAAGGGCCUUAUCAUUUUCACAAUUUCACAGUAUUAUUCCAACCUCAUAGUGUAGAAACAUAUAUAUAAAACACAGGAAAAUCACGUUUUUGACUGCACUGGGCCUUUAACAAACCAGGGACCACAUAGCAAAGUAGUGUACAAAACCACCUAACACACACACACACACCUCUCCCUCCCCCUUCAUGUCAGAUGCAAUGUAAAUAAGUAUGACUUUCCAAGCAAACUCUUUUUGUUAUAAAAAUAUACUUAUUUUUAAAAUAAUCUACAGAUUUAUUUUUAAGGUGAGGCAUUUCAGUAUCACGCUAAAACAGCAAGGCUGUUUGUUUUUAUAGAAAAUAUGAAGCUUUAGAGAGAGCUCUGACUGACUGACAGACUGACUGACUGGAGAGGACUAGGACCACUCCCUAACUCCUCCCCUUCCUCUGGUCCACAGGAAGUUCCAUCAACAUCACCAGUAGCUCAUCCUUCUUUUUGCAUAUUCUAUGAUUUUUUAAAGAGUGUUUUUAAAACUAGAUAUACAACCUUAUACAGGUCAACAAAAAGAAGAUGCUGCUCCUUGGAGAAAAACGUUACAAUGUCCAGCCAAUUCCCCAAAAGUGUUUUAAAAAAAAGGAUCUCUUAAACUACAUAAAGUCAAGAUAAAAAACACAACAGCGCAGAUACAUGACAUACUCGCUUUCUUCGUAAGCAUAUCGAAAUAAAAAAGGAAAAUAAAUAAAAACCAGAAAAAAUAGAAAUAUAUAAAUCUGUGUGACAAGUUAAAGCAAAGUAGAGAAGGCAACAAACAUGAUUGAAUAAAAACAACAACAUAAAAACACAAACAGGAAGACACUUAUGCUACAAAUAAAUUGAAAAUAUAUGUACAAGACCCUGUUUUCCUUUAGUGUGUGUGUGUGUGUGUGUGCGAGUGCACAAGUGCCAAAGUGUGUGGGUUCUUUUAUUUUUUAUUCACAGUUCAUGUUGAUCAAACUCUGAUGUCUUUUGAUCAAACUGUUUGUUGUUGUCAGUUAAGAACUUCUCCUCUGCAUACAUAAGGACCACGUUCCAAACCAAACCUGCCCCGACUUUGUCUUGCCUGUUCACAGGGGUCCAUUCCAAACCAAACUCAUCACAAUCUCUCAGAUAUAUUUAAAGUAGUCAAUCAGAACUGGCUCAUAGAAGCGUGACACCAAACCGAUCCAAAGCGAUCCAAGCCAAACCAGACCAGACCAAAUCAAACCAGACCAAACAGUGCCAUGUUUCUCUGCUAGUGUCGUAUGGUUCUAGCCUUCCCCGCCCCGGUCACCAGAUGACGCUGGAGAUGCUGGUCUCCCUGGGCAACAGCGGCAGCAUGGCGUGGUUAGUGUGGUCCUCCUCCACGCUGUGCUCGCGGCUCUUCCCCGCCGGCGGCCUCUGUCCGUUCAGCAUCGUCAGCGGGAUGUUGCAGUAG